GUGGAUGAAGAAGCACUUGUGCUGAGGAGAGCCUUCAGGCGAGAAAGGGUCUUCAGGGACCGGUUGGACCCACUGGCCUUCCCUGAUGACCAUCUAUAUGAAAGAUACAGGUUUUCUGCAGAUGGCAUCAGGUAUCUAUGCAGACUACUGGGUCCCAGGAUUAAGCACCGCACUGCACGGAGCCAUGCACUGAGUGUGGAGCAAAUGGUUUGUGUGGCCUUGCGCUUUUUUGCUAGUGGAGCCUUCCUGUACUCAGUGGGGGAUGCAGAACAGCUGAACAAGGCCACAAUUUGCCGCACAAUAAGGAGUGUGUGUCUGGCUAUCAAAGCAUUAGCAGAUGUCUUCAUCUCCUUCCCUGGCCACAGAAGACUCUGUGACAUCAAAGAGGAGUUCUAUAGGAUUGCAGGUUUCCCCAAUGUCAUUGGUGCAGUGGACUGCACACACAUAAGGAUAAAAGCCCCCUCAGGUGCCCAUGAGGCCGAUUUUGUGAAUAGGAAAUCCUUUCACAGCAUUAAUGUUCAGAUGGUCUGCAAUGCUGACUGUGUGAUCAGCAAUGUUGUGGCAAAAUGGCCUGGCUCAGUCCAUGACUCCAGAAUCUUUCGGGCCUCUGAAAUCUAUCAGUGCCUAUCACAAGGUGAAUUCUCUGGUGUGUUGCUGGGAGACAGGGGGUAUGGCUGCCAGCCUUUUCUCCUGACACCUUUCACAGACCCCCAGGAAGCACAGCAGGCCUACAACCAUGCCCAUGCCAGGACCAGGGCCAGAGUUGAAAUGACCUUUGGCCUCCUGAAGGCACGCUUUCACUGCCUUCACAAAUUAAGGGUCAGCCCUGUUAGGGCAUGUGAUAUUACUGUGGCUUGUGCUGUCCUCCACAAUGUGGCCUGCCUGAGGAAGGAGAGGGCCCCCAGAGUGCCACCAGCCAUGGACUGGGACAAUCCGGCAAUCUUCCCUGAUGACGACAGUGGUCGGCUGCUGAGGGACCAAUAUGUGUUGAAUUAUUUUAGUUAGUAUGUGUGCUUUCAAUUUUGGUUAAAUAUGUCCUGCGGUGGCAGAGGAAUUUGGGUUUUUUUGGGUUCGUUUUUUUACGAAUUUGGCCUCUUAUGAUGUUUGUGCGGUAUACUGUGUGUAAUACAAGGCUGCAGGGAGGCUACUGCAUCCAUUCAUUUGUCUGUUCAGUUGAUGUGUAUGGAUUUGUCCUGCAUUUAUUUUAGUGUGCAGACAUGCAGGGUGUGUUAUAUACAGACCUUUGAAUGUGUAUGUAUCAUUUUGUAUAAUAUGCUUGGAUUCUGUGCUUUCCAUCUUGUAGAGUC